GGGGACAGACAAGCAGAGAGAGUGAUCCCUGCAGAAAGUGGAGCUGGGAGGGGAAGUUCUGCCUGAUGGAGAAUGAUAUGUCUUCUCUUUAUUUUGAAAUUGUAGCCCAUCAUUGCAUCCACCAACCUUUUACUAACAGUCCCACCCUGGAUAUUCUCUCUCCGACCCCCACUCCCAGUCUGCUAGAAGAUACGAGAGCACGUACCACCAGGCCCAGCAAAGCUUCCAUCCCAUUUAUACAGGUGUUUGCUGUACAUGACGAUACACUUUUAUGCUUUUACAUUUUGGGAGGACAGACCUGGGUGGGAUAUACACAGUGAAUGAUAGGGUACUGAGGAUUGAGGGUCAAUGGGACUAGGCAAAAUAACAAUUGGGCAGAGACUAGAUGGACCAAAAGGCCUGUUUCUAUGCUGUAGUGCCAUGAUUCUAUGACUACUCUUUAUCCUGCAUUGUUAAGGUUUUAGCUUGUUCUAUCUCAGUGCACUAUGUAAUGAUUUGACUUCACCUUCAUUGUCCUGUAGGAUGUAUUCCAGCGACGGGACACCUACCUGUGUAAAGGUUUCUCACAGUAUCUCAGUAGGAUGGUCCGGUCUAUCAGAGGCAGAAGUCUCCCUACCACUGAGCACAUUUACAUGGAGCGUUGCCACAAGCAGCAUUCAUCAUCCGCUACCAUCUACCACUCCAGUCACGCUCUCUUCUCGCAGCUGCCGUCAGGCUGGGAACUGGACUGUCGCCAAGGCUGAGGUUGGGGAAUUCUGGCUGCAGGAACCAUUGAGGCAUGAGGAGAGCAUCGGACAUGGUGUCAGAGCCUCCCGGCUUGUCGGCCAUUCCGGGGAAUCCGUAUUCCAUCUUUGUGAUUAAGGAGGGGUACGCUUACACGGAUGAGGAGGGCCACAUGAGGGCGGACGGGUCGGUCACCCUGGUGAAGGGGCCGCAGGUGGUGCUGGUGGACACGGGGAACCCAUGGGACGGUGAACUGAUUCUGCGGAAGCUGCAGUCGCACGGGCUGGCAGCCGGGGACAUCACGUUCGUGGUCUGCACCCAUGGCCACUCGGACCACGUUGGGAACCUGGGCCUCUUCCCGGAGGCCACCUUCAUCGUCUCCUAUGACAUCUGCCGGCGGCAGGACACCUACCUGGACCAUGACUUCCGCUCUGGACAGCCCUACCGAAUUGACGAGUGGCUGGAGGUGAUCCCGACACCGGGGCAUAGCGGCAGCGACGUCAGCCUCCUCGUGCAUGGCACCCAGUGGGGGACUGUGGUGGUGGCAGGGGACCUGUUUGAGAGGGAGGACGAUGAGCAGGACUGGCGGGAGCUGAGUGAGAACCCCGAACUACAAGCGAGGCACAGGGACCGGGUGCAAGCCCUGGCUGAUGUUAUCAUUCCCGGUCAUGGACCACCCUUCAGGGUAACAAAAGAAUGCAUCCCACCUGCUGACGUAGGUAGCAGUGGACCAGGAGGGACGGCUAAAGCAAUCUGAUCUCCAACGAGCAGAUGCCGAGUUCCUGUGUGCGUUGCUCAAGAGUUACCCGAAAGUGACAACCCUGAUUUCAAAUUCGCAGCUACUGAGGUGGGAUUUCCCGGUUUAUGGACGCGAAAGGGAUAAAUUUGCCAGCUGUCACAGAUUGCAGGCAUCUUUUCUGGGUUAGGAACUCCGCUGUGGCCGCAUUUCUGACUUGUGAAAGCACGAGCAGAUGAUAGAAAUGAAAUCCUGCCCUAACCUGGGCACAAACUCUCUGUACUUAAUUUAUAUUAA